AGAAGUCCACUGGGAUGCCUUUAUCACUACCUUUGAGGAAUUAGCAAUAUUCAUACCAUAUCCCCAUAAUCUCUCUAGGUUCACUGGUUCACUCUUGGUGCCUAGGAUCAAGUGCAUCUUUAAAUAAGCAACCUUAACAGGCCCUGAGAAAAUCGUAAACAUGGCAGUUUGAGCAAGUACUUUGAUUCAAAGCUGGAAUAAGAACCAAAGGAUUCUGCUGCUCUCAGGUAAUGGAUUCUGACACCCCUGGUCUCCAGGUUGAACAAGCAGACCCAUUCUGUGCCUUCUCUUACUGUGCAGUGUUACUCUGUACUGUCACGGUUUCACACAGUAAAACUGUUGUUGGGAACAGACUUAGAGAUACAGCAUCAAUGACAGGAAGUCAGAAAUAAAAGCAAAGAGAAGUGACUUAGAGUAUCUAAUGAUAGGUGCUGUCUCCACUUUCUGAGUCCUUCAAUAUAACUAAUGUACAUAUAGAGAGACACACACACACGCACUCACAUAGCAGUGGGAAGAUGACGUGCAGCAGCCUGUGACCGCAGCGCUGAUAGCUCACGGAGAGCCCUGUCAGUUGCUCUCAGUUAGUCAGUUACACCACACCCACAUGCGCUCACACAGACAGAGGAUUUGAAACCCUGCCCUGCUCUCUUUAUUGAGAGGCCCUGCCAAAGCACCGGCAAGCUAGUCUGUUUGUCCCGACAUCGGCCUGCCUGUCUGUUCAUCAGCCGGCUCAGGGAUGGCGGAACUUGAGGGUCUGGAGUUCGGGAAGUCGGAUUUUGUCCUCCUGGAUGAGGUGAACAUGGAGCAGUUCAUGGAGAACCUGAAACUGAGGUUUGAGAAGGGCAGAAUCUAUACCUUCAUUGGGGAGGUGGUGGUAUCAGUGAACCCCUACAAACAGAUGGAUAUCUAUGGCAAGGAGAUUAUUGAGACGUACAGGGGCCGCGAGCUGUAUGAGAAUCCCCCGCACCUGUAUGCUGUGGCCGAUGCCGCAUACAAAGCCAUGAAGAGACGAGCCAAAGACACCUGCAUUGUCAUCUCAGGGGAGAGUGGAGCAGGGAAGACUGAGGCCAGUAAAUACAUCAUGCAGUACAUUGCUGCCAUCACUAACCCCAGCCAGCAGGCAGAGGUGGAGAGUGUGAAGAAUGUGUUGCUCAAGUCGAACUGCGUGCUGGAGGCUUUCGGGAACGCCAAGACCAACCGCAACGACAACUCCAGUCGCUUUGGGAAGUACAUGGACAUCAACUUUAACUUCAACGGAGACCCUACUGGUGGUCACAUCAAUAACUACCUGCUGGAGAAAUCUCGAGUCAUCAAGCAACAGGGAGGAGAGAGGAACUUCCACUCUUUCUAUCAGCUGCUAAUGGGUGGCUCGGAGGACAUGCUAAGGUCCCUGCAUCUCAAGAAUGACCCUGCAGCCUAUACCUACACCAGAGAGGGAUCCGUCUUUCAGACUUCAAAUGAUGACCGGACCAACCACAAGGCUGUGCUGAAUGCCUUGAAGGUGAUUGGCUUCACACCUGAGGAGAUUAACUCAGUCUACAAGAUCCUGGGCACCAUCCUACAUCUUGGGAAUGUGGAAUUUGUGUGUGAUGGGGAGAGUACUCAGGUCGCUAAUGAGGAGCUGGUUGACCACAUCGCGGCCCUGACGGGCACAGAGCCCAGCGCCGUGAGCAAGACCCUGCUGUUUCGCACAGUGGCCACAGGGGGCGGCGAAGUCAUUGACAAAGGCCAUAACGCACAGGAAGCUAGCACAGGCCGCGAUGCCUUUGCCAAGGCACUGUAUGAACGGCUCUUCUGUUGGAUUGUGAACCGUAUUAACACGGUGAUCGAGGUGAAAGAUUAUAACCCUGUGCUUCAUGGCAAGAACACAGUCAUCGGUGUGCUAGAUAUCUAUGGCUUUGAGAUCUUCGACAACAACAGUUUUGAGCAGUUCUGCAUUAAUUACUGCAACGAGAAGCUGCAGCAGCUGUUCAUCGAGCUCAUCCUGCGGCAGGAGCAGGAGGAGUACCAGCGUGAGGGCAUCACCUGGCAGCACAUUGAGUACUUUAAUAACCAGAUCAUCGUGGACCUGGUGGAGCAGCCUCACCGAGGCAUCAUCUCCAUCCUGGAUGAGGCGUGCCUGAGUGUGGGCAAGGUCACUGACACACUCUGCCUGGAGAGCAUGGACAGCAAGCUGGGCCAGCACCCCCACUACACCUCCCGCAAGCUCUGCCCCACAGACAAGAGCAUGGAGUUCCACCGUGACUUCCGCAUUCGACACUACGCUGGAGACGUCACGUACUCUGUGGAAGGAUUCCUGGAGAAGAAUAAAGAUCCUCUGUUCCAGGACUUCAAACGCCUCAUGUAUAAUAGCUCCAACCCGGUCCAGCAGGAGAUGUGGCCAGAUGGUCAGCUCUGUAUCACAGAGGUCACUAAGCGCCCGCUGACUGCUGCCACACUCUUCAAGAACUCCAUGAUAGCACUGGUGGACAACCUGGCCUGCAAGGAGCCCUACUAUGUACGCUGUAUCAAGCCCAAUGAGGUGAAGUCACCACUGGCAUUUGAUGAGGCUCGAUGUCGCCACCAGGUGGCGUACCUGGGUCUCCUGGAAAAUGUCAGGGUGCGCCGCGCAGGGUUUGCCUAUCGACAGCCCUAUUCCCGCUUCCUGCAAAGGUACAAAAUGACUUGUGAGUACACCUGGCCCAAUCACCUGAUGGAGACAGACCGUGAGGCAGUGGAAGCUAUCAUAACGCAACACAAUUUCCAGGGUGAUGUGGCAUAUGGGCUGUCAAAGGUGUUUGUGCGCACGCCCCGCACCCUCUUUACACUAGAGCAGGAGAGAGCUGCCCUCAUUCCCAUCCUCGUCCUCUUCCUUCAGAAGGUCUGGCGGGGAGCGUUGGCGCGCAUGCGUUGUCGGCGGAUGCGCGCAAUCUACACCAUCAUGGGCGCCUACAAGCGGCACAAGGUGAAAGCGCACUUCCACGAGGUGGAGCGACGCUUCGCCAACGUGCGCAACAUGCCUGACUAUGGGAAGAGUGUGGAGUGGCCUGAGCCCCCUGCCGUGCUCAGCAAGUUCCACCAGAACACACAGCUGCUCUUCAGAAGGUGGCGGGCACGGCAGAUCAUCAAGAACAUACCUCCCUCCCACAUGCCAGAAGUGCGGGCCAAGGUGGCAGCGAUGACUGUCCUCCAGGGGGAGCGACCUGCCUGGGGCUGUGGGAGGACCUGGGAAAGAGACUACUUGUUCUCUGUGCGAGACUCUCCUCAGACCAGCUCCAGCUUUGCCAAGGUGUCGAAGGAGCUGAAGAAUAAAGACCAAUACAACACAGUGUUGUUCUCUAGCUUUGUCCGAAAGAUGAACAGGUUCAACAAGAGCACAGACCGUGCACUCCUGAUCACUGACACCCAUCUCUACAAGCUGGAGCCACGCAAGCAAUUCAAAAUGUUGAAGAAGCUGCCACUGGACAGCGUGACAGGAGUGAGUGUGACCUGUGGGAAUGACCAGCUGGUGGUUCUGCACACCCUCGCUCGGGAUGACCUGCUAUUCUGUCUCCAGAGGGGUGAGCUCAGCCCUAACGAAGACCGUGUUGGAGAGCUGCUGGGCACGUUGGCUGACCAUUUCAUUCGAGUGAAGCAGAAGCCUCUCCAGGUCAAUGUCCGCAGCUCGGUCAUCCAGCUCCACAUGCGUGGAAAACAGAAGACCGUCACUGUGGAAAGCAAGAGUGGCGGCCAGUCUAUUGCAGAUUUCCGGAAGAGCCGAGACGGAUUCACACUUCUGCUGCCAGCCUGCUAAGUUUCAACCCGGGUGACGCUGCAGAGCGGGCUUCUCCAGUUAAGCACUGCGCACGGCUGCUGCACUUCCACUCACAUCUGCAGGACCUGCUCUCCAGGAAACUGUACACUGAGCUCUGACUGUACUGCGGCAGUGUCACUGGAGCCUGGCCAUAGCAUAGCCACGGAAGCUAAGAGACCUUGGUCAAUCGAUGCAUUCAGCUGCUGGCUUAACUCCGGAUUGAUGGUGAAGAGCUGGAGAGUUGCGCUCAUGAGAACAGCGAAGCUCACACAGGGAAAACCCCACUACUGGGAGGGGUACCAAGAAGGACAUGUGGUUAGUCUCUCAGUGGAAACAGUAUUAUUGCACAAAAGUCAGUGAAAUGCUGACCCGUUUUCAGUCUUGUUAGGUUUUGCUCCAUUUGAGAUUCAUAUCAACUUUGCUCCUGUUACAUAAAAUAUAAAUACACUGUACUUGACUAUGUGUAAAUACAGUAUAUUACUAAACAUAAGCCUGACAAAGGCUUCAUUCUGUUUCCACACCUGCCAUUUCCUAGGGCCUGCUUUUGCUUACCUGCUAUCAUUCCAGACAAACAGACAUGUAGGGAAAUUAAAAUCUACUUUUAUGCUGUAUAAAGUUAUACUGAAGGAAAAAUAUGGCAAUAAUUGUGUAUUGGCAGCAGGUUCUCUGAUUGUCUAAUAUUUGAUGUUAAGUAUUUGAUGUAACUUUAUUUGUCAAUAAAGUUAUUUUUAAUUCAGCUUA